AUGCAGAAAGAGGACAAUGGAGAGGAAAGCACUAUGAUUUCUGACAUGGAAAGGAAUAGAUACCAUACGAUCUAUGGAGUGAUUGUGGACUGGCUAGAAUGGAAGAGAUGCAAAGGAAGGGAUUUUAUGAUGACUUUGGAUGUGAUUGAUGAAAGCAUGAAAAAAUUGUCUGUCAAGGUAUUCAGUCCGAAAAAAAUCUUUUCCGAAGGUUUUUGUGUCGGAGAGGUUGUAAGGAUAGGAAAUAUAAAGCUUUACGAUGGGUUUAGAGCAGUAACUGAUCGUAACAAUGAUGUCGAGGUGGUUUUCACACCGUAUAAGCAUCUGAAUGGUACUGUCAGUCCAAGAGCUCAACAGCUUAUGGAAUUCUUCCAGAAGAACAGAAAGAACCUCGUAAAGGAGAGAGAGAUAUCCGAAAUAGAGGAGGGAAAAUACUUUGACUUCAAUGGAGAGCUGAUAGAUAAACAGAGAGAGAGGACUAAUCUCGUUCUUUUAAGACUUGUGGACUUUAGUAGAAAUAAACUUGUUCAGGGCUACGGAGGCUCCUCGAAGUAUCCGAAGGAGAUGGUUUUGAUUGUGAAGGCAUGGGGACGCUUUGCCAAUGAGGCCGAGAAAUGCGAGAUUGGAGGAUGGUAUAGAAUCAGAAAUUUAAAAGCAGAUGAAGUAGGACAUAAUCUGUAUGCAAGCUUGUCUGAGUCAAGCAAAGGAAGUAUUAUUGAAAUGGAAAAAGAGACGACACUCGGAAGAUAUCUCGGAUCAAAAAAAGAUGGAUACACGCGAGGCUUUGUAUGCAAGGAAAUGAACAUUGAAACGCCAAAAAGAAUGGAAAAAUAUAGUUUGGGCAGUAUUAAGAGCAUUGAUAGACCUGGAGUAUACAGAGUCAGGGGCUGGAUAAAAAGAUACGGGCCACCUGGAGGAAUGGAAGUGUUCCUUUGUAGAGUUUGUGGAUCAGAGGAUGCAAGGAUAGAUGGGAGAUGCAGAUGCAAUGGCUUAGAGACGAAGGGAAUCAAGGUUCUGAGGUUGUUGCUGUGGGAUGGAGAGGAGGAGAUGGUGGUCAUAUGCAGAAACAGACUGGCAGAAUAUGUGCUUGAUGAGGAAAGCCGUGAACAGCUGGGUAAUAGGAUGUUUGAUUGUAUUAUCUUGAGUGUCAUAAGUAAACUGGGAAUGAUUCACCAUCUUAUUGACUCCGACUUUUUUGAAGUUAAGAUGGAAGAUUAG